AUGACUUCAACAGCCGAUCUCCGUGUAUCGUCCCUGUUCGAUUUCAGCAACCAUGUCGUGCUGGUCACCGGAGGCGCGACUGGGCUGGGCGAAAUGGCAGCUCAAGCUUUUGUUCAGAAUGGAGCCAAGGUGUACAUUGCAAGCCGCAAAGAGUCUGAGCUGAAGAAAACCUCGGACCGGAUCAACAAGCUCGGCCCAGGAACAUGCGAAUAUAUUGUCGCCGACUUGAAGGACAAAGCCGGAUGUGACGGGCUGGUCAAGGAGAUGAAGAAGCGGACUGAUCGAUUGACUGUACUCGUCAACAACACUGGUGUCACUUGGGGUGCUCCUUAUGAUGACUUUCCCGAGAGUGGUUGGGACAAGGUCAUGGCGUUGAAUGUCAAAUCGAUCUUUUAUAUGACGGCGGGAUUGCAUCCUCUGCUGCUCAAAGGCACUAGUGUCGACAUGCCCUCCCGGGUCAUCAACAUUGCUUCAGUGGCUGGGCUCAUGACCAGCGAUGUUACAGCCGGAGAUGAUGGUGGUCUUGCUGCUCCUGGGACAGGAACUUAUUCAUAUGGCCCCUCGAAAGCGGCCGCUAUUCACCUCACAAAGAUCCAAGCCUCAAAGCUUGCGCCGUUGAAUGUCAUGGUCAACUGUAUCUGCCCUGGUGUGUUUCCCUCAAGAAUGACCAAUUUUGGCAUCUCGAAAUACUUGGACACCCUCUUGGAACGACAACCCACGGGACGCGUGGGCAAGCCAUCUGAUUUCGGGGGUGUGAUCUUGUUCUUGAGCAGUACUGCAUCCGCUCACAUGACGGGCAAUGUCAUCGAGCUUGACGGUGGAAGCAUGCUUACCGGGUGGAAGGUCAAGUCGAAAGCAGGAAGCAAAAUAUAG